GUGAUGAUCCUGUACUUUAAUCCUGGGGUGCUCCUGUGUAUCCUGCUGAGGUGGGUUCGCCUCCUGGGAUUCGGCAUCAUGUACGGGACCCUCAUCCUCAAGCUGUACAGAGUGUUAAUGGUCUUCCUGUCCCGCACGGCCCAGAGGACGCCUUAUAUGACCAGCUGGCGGGUUCUGCGGCUGUUGGCAGUGAUUGUCUUGGUGGUGCUUUGGUUUCUGGUGGCCUGGACCUCGGCUGUGUGCCAGAAUCCGCAACUGAGUCAAGCUCUAAUCACAACGGGCCUGACCCCAGAAGGACUGCAGUUCAGCACGUGUCUGCUGGACCGAUGGGACUACAUGAUGGCAGUCGCUGAGUUCCUGUUCCUGCUCUGGGGGGUGUACCUGUGCUAUGCUGUCCGCACCGUACCCUCAGCCUUUAAUGAGCCUCGAUACAUCGCUGUGGCCAUCUACAACGAGCUACUCAUAUCUGCCAUUUUCCACAUUAUCAGGUUCUGCCUGGUGCCCGGACUACACCCAGACUGGAUGCUCAUGUUGUUCUUUGCUCACACUCACCUGACUGUGACAGUAACUCUGGGACUGCUGCUCAUUCCUAAGUUCUUGUCUAAAGGCACUCAGGCCAGAGAUGAUAUUGCGACAGAGGCGUACGAGGAGGAGCUGGACAUGGGAAGGUCUGGUUCUUACUUCAACAACAGCAUCACAUCAGCCUGGAGCGAGCACAGCUUGGACCCAGAGGAUAUACGGGAUGAGCUGAAGAAGCUGUAUGCCCAGCUGGAAGUCUACAAGAGGAAGAAGAUGCUUGCCAAUAAUCCUCACCUUCAGAAGAAACGCAACUCAAAGAAAGGACUGGGCCGCACCUUGAUGAAACGGAUCACAGAGAUCCCAGAGACCAUGCACUUACACCGCCAGUGUAGCCGAGAUGAUGGCAGUGAGCACGGCAGCAAAAGCAGCACGCUGAGAAGAAACCCAUUUGAGCCGAGCCAUCAAGGAAAAGCUCGGGAUGACUCCCUGAAGGACAAAGUCACAGGCCUGACAAAGUCCCUCAGCUAUGACCACAUUUGUGAGCAGGAAGUAGAAACCGGAAGCCAAACUGGGUCAAUUCCAGGAGACAAAAUAACUCCUGUAGGUAUUGGUGGUGAAGGAUCUCUUCUGGGUUCUCUCAUUGGCUGCAGACACCUCAAAAAGCAGCUGGAACCAGCUGGAACCGCACCAAGGCUGGAACCAGCUGAGUCCACCGAGUCUGUUCCACUCUUUUGGAAAUCAGCCAGCGCUCACAACUUGACCCACGAGAAGAAACCCGUGCACCUGCGCACCUCCAUCAUGCAGAAGUCCCUGAGCGUCAUCGCCAGUGCCAAGGAGAAGAUGCCGGGGCUUUCCAACAAAACUCAGAGCGUGGAGGAUGCCAGUAAGAAGAGCCACAGGGGACAGGAGGAGAGGAUGCUGUCAGAGGUGGAUGAAACACCAGAACAUUUCCCAAAAAUGAUCAUCAGUCAGUCAGUGGAGUACUCCAAGACUCCUUUGAAGAUGGGCAUAAUGAAACAACAGGUGAGUGGUAGCCAGCCAUCCAUUUGCUCUGAGACUGGGAGGAACCUUUACGAUGUAUCUGAGGUUUGUCCCUGGGAGCUUGAAGAAGCUCAGACUCCCACCGACUUAAAGACCCAGAAGCACGUGUCCAUUGCUCCUGUAGAGACGAGCCAGAGAAGGAGCAGCACCAGCAGCUCUGGAGCCUCUAAAACCAGUCGGCCCCAGCAGAGACAGAGACCUGGGCAGUCCCCGUCUAACAAACGUCGCUCCAAAGAUAAAGGAGGGGAACGGGAGGAAGGAAAAGACUCGCGGAAAUCUCGGCCUCCCAAGUCGCCUCUCCCUCUGAAACCGGAUGUGUGUCCUUGGGAGUUUGAUGAGCAGCCCAUACUGGAAGGAGACUCCAACUCCAUCUCUCCUGACAGGAUCAGGCGGAAGAAAAGUGUCACACCCACUGACGGCAAACCUAAAGGGCUCCAUUCGGACCACUCCAAGUCCACGGGCAGCCUACUGCAGCCGCCAUCUCUGAUGGUGGAAAUCUGCCCGUGGGAAUACACUGACCCGCCUUCACCUAAGCAGGAGAAGACCUGUAACAGCCCCACAACUCAGAAGAGGAAACGGAAAGGCUCGUCCUCAUCCGGCCACAAAUCCGACAAGGAGAAGGCCAGGGAGAAAAACAGAGAGAGGCGAAACUCAUCCAGCAGGCCGCCGGCAGAGAGGAGGCGGGUCAGUCAGUCGUCUGAGGCCAGCGGGCCCGUUUCAGAGCGCCGGAGGAGCUCCACCAGGGACGCCGAGUUGUUCUCCCACGAGUCGGAGCACUCUCACACACACAGCAGCUCGGCUCAGACUAAAAAAUCACCGGACAGGAAGAAAGAGAGGUCCCUGCGUGGUGGUUACAAACCUGCGGUCCUCAGCAGCACAUUAAUGGCUGACGUUUGUCCCUGGGACUUUCCAGAACAAGAUUCAGGGGAGAGAGCAUGAUUUUUCAUUUUUUAUGAUUUAAUCUUUUUUUUUCUUCUCACUGACAGAAAUCCUGCAGAACAGAGCAAAGAAAUCUUUACAAAGUUGACAGCGAGUUUGGAUCACCUUUGGGUUUUUGUAAAGAAAGUCCCAUUUAUUCUGCUGUUCAAACAUACCAGCAAACAUCUCAUAUUGACAGCAGUGAAGUCAACCUGCAGGGGGUCAUUUUGAAAGAAAUUUUAUUUAAUUUGCACUAUUGCUUGCACAUUUGUCACAAUUUGUAUGUUUUGUCAUGUUUAAAACAGGUGGGAGAGUAAAAGAUUCACAUCUGCAUA